CCUAUCCAUUGAAGGUUGUGUAGUCUAAAUUAUAUACAAUCUCUUCAGCUACAAGAAAGAAUCACCGGCUUCACUGAUUUGCUUCACAUGCUGUGUAGUCCACGACAUGGUGCCACUUAGGGGGAAAACCUAAAAUAUUGCUCAGGUGAGUAUUUACAAUGAAAUAAGAAUAAUUAACUUUACUUUCGGGUAAUUUAGUGUACUUUAGUAUGCACAUAUUGUGGUUCGAUUUUCGUACUGUACCUUUUCAGUAGAAUGUAUCAUAUAUAUCGCUUGCUACAGGACGUGGAGUUUUUUGUGUAGUGACUGGUGAUGAACUUGGUCAGCAGGGGGGCGGACGACUUACCAUUCAUGUGUUUAAUUAUGUUGUUAUCGUUCAAUUGGCCUUCUCCUACUGAAUUAUUAAGGAAAAGAAACCAUAAGCGCGGAUGCCAUCCUAGGAGAGUUAAUUAUAUUAUCACAAUGCAAUACAAAACCAUUGACUGUGCCAAUAUUAUCAAUACCUUUUAGUAAUUCAGGAAUGAUACGAAGCUUUUCUUUGUCAAAGACUGUAUUUGAGCUAUUUAUUUGCGAAAAGCCGGGCUAGGGGCCGUUCGGUUGUUCUAUUAACUCAAUACAUAUAUACAUACAUAAAUAAUAUAUAUAUAUAUAUAUGUUUUUGUAUAUUUUUUAUUAUGUCUUCCCAUACAGAAUUAAUCAUUCAGUCUCUUGCUUUUCUCACUUACUUUUGUUUGAGUCUUGUAUAUCAAAGGGCUUAUUGCAAAAAAAUAUACACAACCAUUUAACAGUUGAAACAAAACAGAAAUGCCACCAAAGGCCCCUCCUGUUCCCGACUUCAAUCGUAUAGUGGCGGAGGUUCGUAGCCAUCUUAAUAAAGCUGGUGGAUUAGGCAAUUUGCUGGGUCUUUCUGCCAUGUUUGGCUUAUCCUGUGCCGCUGCCUAUGGGUUAUAUCAGUCUGUGUAUUUUGUGCAAGGUGGCUUUCGAGCUGUCAAGUUUAACUGCAUUACUGGACUCCAGGAUAGGACUUAUGGCGAGGGGGCCAACUUUGUGAUACCCUACAUCGAGACCCCUGUUGUAUUUGAUAUUCGUAACAAACCUCUUGAGGUACCAACUUCCAGUGGAAGCCGGGAUUUACAGACCGUCAACAUGGCUGUUCGUGUGCUGUACAAACCUAACGCGGAUAAUCUCCAUCAUCUCUAUCGUCAAAUAGGUGUUGAGUAUGCUGAAACAGUGCUUCCAUCGCUAAUCAAUGAAAUUAUUCGUGCGGUAAUUGCCCAGUUCAACGCUUCCGAUUUGCUGAUUAAGCGUCCAGAGGUGAGCCACCGUAUUGGCGUUAUGCUUGCAGAACGCGCUCAACGCUUUAAAAUUGAUAUUACUGAUGUUUCCAUUACUCAGAUGAGCUUCGGAAAGGAGUACACUAACGCUGUUGAGGCAAAACAGGUCGCACAGCAGAUGGCUGAGCGCGCCAAGUUCAAGGUGGAACAAGCUGAACAAGAGAAGCAGGCCGCCAUUCUGCUUGCACAGGGCGAGGCGGAGUCUGCCCGCUUGAUUGGCAGCGCACUAAAGAAAAAUCCUGCCUUUAUUGAGCUUCGUGGAUUGGAGGCGGCCCGCACGAUUGCAAAGACGCUGAAGGAUUCCGGGCAUGGUCGCUACUUCUUGGACAGUAAUUCCCUCUACUUAAACUUAAGGGAUUUGGUGAGUUCUCCUAACCGCUAAAGUUUUUUUCAGAUGGAAUGGGUAAGGUUGAGAAAAGCAUACCACUUUUUUUUUGUAAACGCUUGUAUCGUUUGAUUUUUACCUCUUAAUUACCGAAUAUAUGACUAGUAACAUUAGUGAGGCGCAAGUAGCUUGAACAGGUGGUGAGCAGUGUGUGUCAGGAAGUGCUUGAACAGAGUUAGAAAGGGAGGAUUAAUCCAGAAAAUUAAACGCUCAAAUAGGCUUAAAUCAUUGAUCUAUUUAUUGCUGUCUAUGUUUUUUCUGAGGCUCCUCUGUUGGUAUGAUCAUCUAUUUUUGUGCGUAAAUAAAUAUAUACAUAUCCACACGUAUCGGUAUUGAUAUCUGAAGCA